CAGGAGUUGGGUGAUGCAGAAACUGAACACGUCGAUGCGUGAGAGUUCGCCACGGCUUUGUGGGCCAAGAUGGGAUGGGACCACAUUGAAGCAAAGAGCUUUGGCCCGUAGCCUGUCCAUGCCGUCACCGUCGGCGAUAGAAAUGGAGGAAAGUUGCCCUGACUUGAGGAAGGCGAUGAAGGCGCAUGCCUUGCGAAAGAAGUAUGGCCGGUUGCCUGAUGGGCCGUUGCCCCAGCGGUCAGCGAAACAUCCCGUAGGACUUGGGCGCUACAACUACACGGUGCCUGCGCAAGCCUUGCCGUUCAUCCAAGACUUCAAGCCACCCAUGUCUGAGCCGCUGCCGAUGCUUCCCAAAGCCUAUUGGUCGCCGAGAGGAUUCGCAUGUGCACGGUGAAGUUCCGUUAAGCUGCGCAACAAAUAAUGAAUGUGAUAAAUCCAAU